AUGUUGUUCAACAAUGUACGAUUAGCUCUAAAUAAGGCUAUGGAAUGGUAUUUUCCACAAAGCAUCAACAAAGGAUACACCGACGAUGCCAAUUAUCUUCUCAACGAGAAAAGCGUAAUAUACAGUCAAGAGACUGCUCGUCUCGGCCCGCAAAACAAGGUUGCAAAGGCCAAACGAAGCGACAGUAGCUUGCUUAGUCUAUCAAGGAAACGCAGUUGGAACUCAUCGACACCAAGUGUGAACAGUUUAUCCUCCAUAUCGGUGAUAACUUCACCGAGCCCGAAAGCCACCUCCGCUCCCCUGUGGAAGGAGCAGGUGGAUCCAAAUGUUAAGGCCGAAUUGUCUCAGGAUGAAAUCCACCGUCAAGAAAUCAUCUUUGAAAUCAUACACACCGAAAAGGACUUUACCAAAGAUGUAAACUAUCUUAUUGAGCAUUUUAUAUCCGAACUGCAAGAUUCUGGCAUACGUCUACCUUACAGCCUAAAGCAGACAUUUGAUGUACUACCACACAUCUUACGGUUACACAGACAUGUUUCCUUGCAAUUACUAUGCAUACAAGCGAUAUAUCCGGUCAUCCCCUCGAUAACGCACAUCCUCCGAGAUUUAGCAAAGCAAUUCUCGAUCUACGAAUCGUACCUGAUUCAUCACAGAGCGGCCAUAGCAGAAAUAGCUCACGCCCGCAAGAAGAACAAUAAGCUCGGUCAAAUUAUUCGGUCCUUGGAGGCCAAAGUACAUUUGGGCAAAUAUUUAUCCAUCGAAAGCCUGCUCACCAAACCAUUUCAAAGGUUGUGCAAGUAUCCGCUGUUGGUCGUGACACUCCUGAAAGCCACAUCACCUGACCACGAAGAUCGUGACCCUUUGAAUGACCUGUAUGACCAAAUUGACUGCGCACUCAAGGAAUUGCAAGAGUGCAAGUAUGAGCACGAACGAAAGAACAGGGAUGUUGAUGAAUUCCUUCCAAAAAAAUUUGGGGCCCUUGAGAAAAUUACCGCGAUUAAAAAUCUAAAAGUGAUUUUUCACACACCUUUAAACAGUGCCUGUGGCAUUGUUGACUUGCGCAUGUAUGCGUGGGAACAGUUAUAG